AAUGUAAGUAAGCUUGGAUUCUGCAGUCCACACCACCUUGAACAACUAGUGCCGCUAAACCGCCCAACAACAUCAACUGACUUCACACACACAGACAGGGCGUGAGAGGAGAGGUUUUCGUCAGUCAAAUAUAAAACCAGUGGAUUUUCUUUAAAUGUAUCAUUUGUGAAGACUCAGUGUAAAUAAUUUGAACAUCAUCAGAGCAAACGUCUAUUAUAUAUAUAGUUAUUGUUAUAAUAGUGAACGAUUAAUGUUGCUCAUUCUCAGGGACUGAAUAGCUUUUUUGUACAUAAUUUUUUUUUAUACCAAAGACUACAUCAUACUUCGAAAACAAAGCAUUCUAAUUGUUUUCCUCGUUGAGAUAUAUCAAAUUUAUUUAUCCUAGACUACCUAGGCUUCUACUAGCCUCGAUCAGGCAGACUUUAUCACAGUGUUGUCAUCGUUUGUUGUAUUGCUAUAUUUUCUUUCAAAGCGUACAUACAGUGGGCCUUUUUAGGUCAGCAGAGUGCUUACUGUAAAUCUUGAAAUUCACAUUGCAGCUGAUUUAUAUAUUGGAUUUUAUGAUAAUCCUAAAGCCAUUUAAAUUGAAACAAAGGCUUGUCUCAGUAGAACUUAUUUUAUUACUGAACAAAAAUUUAUUUCCAAAUGAGUGUGCAAAGGUCCAAGCCAAUUGCAAUCCAAAAUGAUCGUAACAAAGGUUACAGUCAUGUUGUAGACUCACCAGGUGAUUUCACAAAUUCCCUUAGUCCGAACCUAUCUGCGCCAACACCACCGGAUUUUACACCGCAGCAGCCAAAUGUGAUUUCUAAAGUUGGAAACUACCUUCUGGUGGAGGAGGUUGAUAGCAAAAUAUUCAAAGCUGUGAACAGUAUAACUUUAGAAGAACUUAUCUGCAAGGCUAUAGAUAUCCGAAAGUAUCAAGAAGUAUUAAAAGCAAAUAUCCAGGUGGGCUACCAUGAAAAUAUUAACCAGGUGCUUGAAAUAUUACUAGGCGAUUCAUAUGCUUAUGCAUUUUUUGAACGUGAUCAUGGAGAUAUGCACUCACAUAUCCGUAGCAAUCGUAAACUGUCAGAGGAUGAAGCAAAGGGUUUGUUUAAGCAGAUUGUUGCAGCCGUAAUGCACUGUCACAGUUCAGGUGUUGUACUACGAGAUUUAAAACUGCGAAAGUUUGUGUUUCGUGAUAACCAAAGAACCCGGUUAAAGUUGGAUCGACUUGAUGAUGCAUACUUGUUGGAAAAUGUUGAAGUGGAUGCUAUUAGCGACAAGCAUGGAUGUCCAGCCUAUGUCAGCCCUGAGAUACUCACUACAAGUACUACUUAUUCGGGUCGUUGUGCUGAUGUUUGGAGUCUUGGUGUAAUGCUAUACACAAUGCUUGUAGGGCGCUACCCUUUCCAUGACUCUAACCCUUCUGCUCUUUUUGAGAAGAUCCGUCGUGGCAAGUACACUCUUCCAGACAGUGUCUCAUCUCAAGCGAAAUGCUUAAUUCGCAGCAUGCUGCGAGUUGAGCCAUCACAGAGAUUGACAGCGUCUGAGAUUUUAGAUCACCCAUGGUUUAAAAACCCUAGCACCCCAGUCUCACCAUCAACAAGUUCAAGAAAAUGUCAGGAUCAGCUUGUGCCAGAUUCAGUAUUUCCAGAUGAUGAGGCAUAUUUCUUCCAGUAGCACUUUCCUCACAUAUUGGUGUAUCUGCUGUCAUUGGUGUUGAAAGUCUUUAUUUUCUUGCCUUGUUCGUCCAUCCUGAUACCAGUGUUACUGGUAUUGUUUGCUCAAACAGGGUACUUAAAAUAUAGGACUUGUCAUGUAGCACCCUGCACAAACUGACAAUGAAGGUCACCAGAGAAUUUCAGCAUCCAUAAAUAUCAUAUUGUAAGACUUGCAUAGAUAACUGACUACCAACCUGUACAGUAGGGAUCACUGUUUAACCAUGGUUAUGCAAGAAUACUGUACUGUGAAUGUGGAUGUUGAUAUUAUUUGUUGAUCCUGCAUUGUUCCCAGGCUGUAUUCAUUGCCUUGUAGUCAUACCCUUGACCCAGCCAGAAGCUGUUGUAUUAUAAUUAUUUAAAUUCGUGAAUUAUAAGUUUUGAUUACUCAAGUGAAUAGAGUGCUAUUGGUAGUGAUAUAGAAGUACUGUUUCUAAAACUGCAAUAUGGUGUCAUCUGUGCAAAAUUAUUGUUAGUUUCCACAAAACAUUAUUUAUCACAAAUACUUUUUUCAUUGCGUACACUUACGUACGAUAAAAUAUCUCAAUAUUAAUAAAUUGAUAAAAUAUAUUUUACCUUAUUUUCAUAUUUUGUUAAUGAUGUUGGGAGGCUAUUUCUCAGUUUAUAACCUACCGCGUUGCACAAAAGAGUGAUGCCUUAAUCUGCAUUAUGUAAUGUGUGUACAUUUGCAGUUUGUUUUAUUUGUGUGAUUCUGUUUGUGUCAGUGCUUAUGUGUAUACAUGUAUAACGUGCAUUCGACACACAACACUCAUUUGUGAUUAUCAUUGCCAUUGCCAGUUACCUGUACCUACGUUUCAAACCUUCAAUAGAAAUUGUAUCGUUACUGCUCAUGCAUACUUACUUUCCAAGUCCAAAUUUGAUAAUUGUUGGCGUUCGAUUACAGUACAUCACAUUGAUUUAAAUGAAUGAAAAUAGCUUGACAAAUGUUGGUUAAUAGGAAUGUUGGUAUAGAUGACUUGAGAUGCAGAUUGUUGAAGAUUAUAGUAAUCAUUACUAAUAGGUAGUUUUCGCUGCACGACGUUAACCUUAACCUUAGUACCCAAUAUUAUGCAACGCGAUAGAUCUGUCCCUUUUGUAAACAAAUCGAAAUACGCAUGCGGAAACCCGUAACUAACAUACAUCAAACAUGUAAAUUCCUGAAAGUAACGUACACUCCGCAAUGCAAGAUGAAUAAAUUAUGACGUCAUCUGUUAAGGUUAAAGUCAUGCGGCGAGAACUACCUAUUAAUUGUUGGUGUACUCUAAAGAUCAAAAUUAUUUUACAUAAGAGAAUCUUUAAAAUAGAUGGGAAGUGAAGGAUUCACAAGAGGUGAUGGUUAUUUAUGAAUGGAGAAUACCUAUCAUUCCAGUAAGAGAGAAGAGAAGUGUAAUUUCAAGACUAAAUUAGUUAUCACUGCCAAAUGAAGUGAAUGAAAAGGUUUUGUGUAUUGAUUUUAUUUGUUAGCUAUUUGUGUUAUUUUAAGGGAAUGGAAAAUCAUUUGGAUACUACUUUAUGGAAGUUGUCCUGAAUAUCGAUUAUAAGUGUCAUAAUAUUCAAGUGUUCCUAAUGUACCCAAUUGAAUUUGCCUUGUAUCAUGUCAUAGAGGCGAGAGAGACUGUCAGUCGAAAAUAAAAACUGAAUAAAAACUAUGAAACACAUGAA